AUGUCGACGGAGUUGCCGAAGAUCUUGCGUGGCAUCGCCGGCGCCGGCUCGGCGCUGUUGCUGGCCGGCGGGGGUGCGGCCGCCGCCUACAACAGCCUCUACAACGUGGAGGCUGGACACCGUGCUCUGGUCUACAACCGCCUUACGGGCGUUGGCGAGGCGAUGGUCGGCGAGGGCACUCACUUCCUCAUCCCCUGGCUGGAACGGCCCAUCAUAUACGAUGUGCGCACCCGCCCGCGCACGUUGACAUCGCUGACAGGAAGCCGUGAUCUGCAGAUGGUAAACAUCACGUGCCGUGUGCUUUCCCGGCCGGACGAGCGCCGAUUACGUGACGUGUACCGGUCAUUGGGCCGCGACUACGACGAAAAGGUGCUUCCGUCGAUCAUCAACGAGGUGCUAAAGAGCGUGGUUGCGCAGUACAACGCCUCUCAGCUCAUCACUCAGAGGGAGGUGGUCAGCAAGUCGGUGCGCGACCAGCUGGUUCAGCGUGCGCGCGAUUUCAACAUCCUGCUGGACGACGUGUCACUAACCCACGUCAGCUUCAGCCCUGAAUACGAGAAGGCUGUGGAGGCCAAGCAGGUGGCGCAGCAGCAGGCUGAGCGAAGCAAGUAUGUGGUGCUGAAGGCCAAGGAGGAGAAGAAGUCGACCAUCAUCAAGGCCCAGGGUGAAUCUGAAGCGGCCAAGCUGGUACGUUGCAGGAAUCUGUGCUUUAACUUGUGUCAGAUCGGCAGCGCGAUUAAGGACAACCCUGCUUUCAUAACGCUGCGGCGCAUCGAGACUGCCAAGGAAAUCGCAGACAUUUUGUCUAAAUCGCAAAACAGAGUUAUGUUAAACUCAGACUCACUCCUGGUGUCUCCGGGGAAGUGA